CAGACAUAUUACCUAAUGGUAGAUUUCUGAAUGCCAUGGAUGCCUUACAUUUACAAAGCUGCUGUUGGGUUCAGAAUUGGUGAUGAGCUACAGGAUGAAUACACCAGAGCUCAGAAUGAACUGAAACGUUUGCUGAGUGAGAAGCAGGCUGCACAAGAUAAGCUUCAGUUGCUGCUUGCAGAACUCCGGGGAGAGCUGUUGGAUAAAACUAGGGAAUUAGAGGAGCUGAAAAUGCAGAUGCUUACUCCACAGAAACUGGAAUUGCUGCGAGCCCAGAUCCAGCAGGAACUGGAGAUGCCAAUGAGGGAGAGAUUUAGUAAACUUGAAGAGGAAACAGAAAAGUACCGUUCGGAGUACAACAAGCUCCGUUAUGACUACACUUUCCUGAAGUCUGAAUUUGAACACCAGAAGGAAGAGCACAUGCAUGUUUUGGAGGAAAGGAAGAUCCGUUUUGAAGCAGAGGUCUCCCGGUUAGAAAAAGACAAAGAGGAGCUUUCCAAUCAGCUGUUAGGCGCCGACCCCACAAGAGACAACAAGCGGGUGGAAUCGCUCCUAAGGGAGAAGGCUCAGUUGCACCAGAGGCUGAAGAGCUUGGAGGCAGAGGUCGCUGAGCUGCGGGCUGAGAGGGACAACUCUGGGGCACAGGCCGAGAACGUGCAGAGGAUCCAGGUGCGACAGCUGGCCGAGUCCCAGUGUGCGGUCAGAUCUCUGGAGGGUGAGAAGCAGUCUCUAAAGCUACAGGUGGAGCGCUUAGAGAGAGAAUUACUGCUAAGUCAUGAACAAAAUGCACAGCUCACCAGCAAGUUGCACAAGGUUGAACGUGAGGUCAAUAUUCUAACCAGCAAAGUAGAGGAACUCAAACAUUCCCAUAAGAUUGAGGUUGCUAAUAUUAAACUAGAGUGUGCAAGAUCAAAGGGAGAGGUGGAGAGAGAGCGGGACACCCUACAGAACCAACUGGAUGGAUUGCAGUCAGACGUCGAAAUCUUAAAGACCACCAUUGAAAGGAACAAGGAGCAUUUGGCUGAAAAGGAACGUGAAUUAAUACGCAAAGUUCAGGCAGUCAGGGAGGAGGAAUUUCAAAAACUGGCCACAGUACAGGAUGAAAAGCUGGAGCUGGAGAGCCGCGUGGCGGAGCUGGAGCAGCAGAGGGCAGUGCAGGAAGCUGCAGGGAGCUCGCACAGAGAGCAGUGGGAGGAGAAGCUGCGUGCCGUCGAGCGGAGCGAAGACAUCGCCAGGAAGGAAGUCCAGAGCCUCAGGACUAAAGUACAACAGCAAAGCCUUCACCUGGAGGAUCUGGAGAAGGAAAAGAAUGAGAAUUGUGACCUCAGACAGCAAACUCAUGAGCUGCAAAUCCAAGUCAGCACUCUGUCACAAUCGGAGAGCGACUUGCUCGACGCUAAUCACAAAUUGAAAGAGCUGCUUGAACGGCUGAAGGAGGAACUGAGAAAUGCCCGAGGCCAAGCGGAGAAGGCACAGAGUGAAGCAGAAAAAGUUCUUGAGGACAAGCGUAUCUCCUGGCUGGAGGAGAAGCAUAGGCUACAGGAGCGAGGUACUGAACUGCAGGAGAAGUACAACCAGGCCAAGGAGAAGCUACAGAGAGCUGCAUCAGCUCAGAAAAAGCGGAAGACAUUAACUGAAAGUAAACAAAAACGACUACAGGACAAAAUACAGCUGCUGGAGGCAAAGAUACAGGAAUUAGAAAUAGAGAAGAACACCUUAAACAAGAAGCCAAUCUAUACGGAGGAACAAGCGCAGCUUCAGAAACGACUGAAGGAGUUACAACGCAGACACAAUGAGUUCCGCAGACUCAUUCUAGUGCCACACAUGACAUCCGCGGGGAUCAACGAUCCAACCCCUUUUCUUUCAUCCACGCUAGUGGCAGCAGCUGACAUGAGUUUCCCCAAUCUCCAAGAAGAGCAGCAUCAGAGGGAGCUGCGUCUGUUGCGGAAGAGACUGGAGGAUCUGGAGACGACGCAGCAGCAGCAGCUGGAGGAACUGGGUGCCCCUGUGGAGCGCGAGUGACAAGAAAGCGCUCGAUAAAGCAAGGAGACAGAAAAGGAUUUUUAAGAUCAAGAACAGGAGGCUGUGCGAGGGAACAGUAAUUGGUAAUCACCACGGCUUGCUUAUGGAACUGUAUGAUCAUUUCGAAAUUAUUAACAUGCAUGAAUUGAUGCAACGUUUUAUGGCUUUAAGUCUUUAAUUUUUACAGUACAUGUGGAAUUCAAUAUCCGAGCCAAUACAAAGGCAUGACACUUUUUCAACACUAUAGUACAAAAUACCUUAAACACUUAAACCGACAUUGACAUCUCCUACAGUAAUUAUUUUCAUGGUCUGUGCAGAGCUUGUGCACCUUGUCCAUUUAAUUUAUUGAUUAAUUACUGUAGGUGUUCUUUUGCAUGUACUAUAUGUGUGUGGAUUAAUCAUCAAAUGCUUUACUUUAUUGGGACUUAAAAACAGCAUUAUAAGUCCUACUUAAACACUGUACAAGAUGAUAAAACUACAUGCACACAAACCAAUUAUUAAAAUAAAAUGUAAUAUAAACCCUGAGGACCACUGUUACUGAGAUUCAUCUGCAGAAAGUCCGUCUCACUUCUCAAAGCCUUAACGGUGUCAUUUUCACCUGACUUUUCUCUACUUGAAGUUCUGCUCCUAGCUUUUGGCUGAAAUUCUCUCGUUAUGGACCAUUAUGGAUAAUUUUGUGCCUUUGAUGACAUUACAAAUCGUUGUAAAGGAUAAUAUGUGUUGACGUAUAAUGUUGAGUAUUUUUUAAGAAAGGAAAAUCUUAAAUCACCUAAUUUAUUGAAUCUGCAUGGUCACAACAGUUCCAGAUCUGCUUAAAUAGCAUCUGAUUUUGAAGUUUACAUACUUUGCCAUAAUACAUUGUUGUUUAUUGUUGCUUUAUUGUUUGCUCUUUGCACAUCUUAAAAUGUGGAGAUCUGUGAAAAGAAGAAAGUCUGUAGUGACCGGGUUUUUAGUACAGCUCCCAGCUGGUGAUAUGAUCCAUGAUCAAGUCAUCAUGGUGAGAGAAUGUCCAGGUUGGUAACCUGGUAAACAGCAAAUUGUUUCUGUUACACAGUAUGUACGGGUAAGCACCUUUUUGUCAAUUUGAAUGCUUUCCAAACUGUGCUACAACUUGAACACCACCAAACCAUGGCCUGUCUUCGGUAUAUGUCGGAUAAUCAUUCAACAAUGUGACAUAAUUGUCUUUGCAAAAUCAUAUUUAAAAAGUGGGAUGAUGGUGUUGCUUAUAACCUAUCAAAAGAAAUAGUCCUUUAAUAUACCUACAGAAAAUAAGUUCAUAUCUUUUUUUGUACUUAAUUAUAUUUAUAUUUAGAAUUUUGUACAUGAUUUGU